AUCCCACGACCGGUCACACUUCACUCAUAGUUACGCUUGCGCAUUUUACACACAUCUUUUAAUUACUGAUUUAUACUAAAUAAAUGGCUAGAAAUGGACCUGAGAAAGCUUAAUUUAAGUUUUUAACUGCGUGGAAAUGGUCUUUUCCUCAAAGACUAGUUUUAGAAUGAGUAACUAGAGGCCUAGAAAAGUGCAACAAAAUACGCCUGGCAGCUUGUGCGUGUGUGUGUGCGCCAUUGAUUACAUAGUUGGCUUAGGCGACGCACAGGUGCGAGCGAGAAGGGCGACCUCCGAAAAGGGGCAGCGACAGAAACCGCAUUCCAUUUCCAGAAAUCCAGGUUGCAGAUUCCAUGAGAAAGUGAGAGCCAUGCACCACCAUCAUCCGCCGUUGCCCAUAACGGGAGCAAGUGGGUCCAGUGCAGCGGGAGCAGGAGGAACUCCACAGGAAGAUGCAUCGCCCGCUGUUGCCACUGGCCCUGCUACCCUGGCCACUGCAUCCACGCCCUCGGGUUCCAAUACCCAACAACACCAGCGACGUCGCAAAAAGCGACCCAGUUACAACUACAAUGGCAUCCGCACCGUGGAAGUGCGGCGAGGUUACAACGGCUUCGGUUUCACCAUCUCGGGCCAACAGCCUUGUCGGCUAUCUUGCAUCAUCAGCAAUUCCCCCGCCGAGCAGGCCGGACUACGUUCCGGGGAUUUCCUCAUCUCCGUGAAUGGCUUGAACGUCUCCAAAUUGCCGCACGAAACCGUGGUCCAGUUAAUAGGCAACUCCUUCGGCAGCAUUCGCAUGCAGAUCGCCGAGAACUACUACUCGGAUAGUUCGGACGAGGAAAACGCCCAUGCCACGCUGCGGGGUCAACUCCUGGCCGCCAGUUUAAGGCACAAGCCGAGGUUUCUCCACCACAAGGCUAAGCUCCACAGACUAAGGAACUCGCCGCAGAAGAAGUUAACCCCACCAGAGGCUGUUGAGCCGCAGAGCUCCAAGGCGUCUCCCGAUCACCCAACGCUAAGACCCGUGCUCGAGGAUGCUCCCUUGGCGGCCAAUCUGUCCAAGGCACCGGACGUGGCCAAUGUCAGUGCCAUGGUGCGAGCUGUAGGAAGUGCUGCCCUAGAGUACCGCGUAAUCGUAGGUUACCUGGGAACCAUUGAGAUGCCCAAGCAGAUUUCCCACAGCUCCAAGCUGCAGACGGUGCGUUCUUGCAUCCGCAAGCUGCGCCAGGAGAAGCGACAGCCGACCAUUGUGCUGAUGUGCAUCACCCCGGACAGUUUGAGCCUACAGAGCUCCGGUGGCGGAGUGCUUGCCACCUACUCUUCGGCGCGACUGAACUACGUGAGCUCCUCAUCGGAAAGCGAGAACCGCUUCUUCGGUCUGGUUACCAGCGCCGUGCACAACACCCAAAUCGAGGAGGAGUUCGAGCCGAGUGUUGGCAGCGGGGCAGCUGCUGGCCACAUCAGCAUCUCGCACAGCUGCCAUGUGUUCGUGAUCGACACCAAGCUGAUCGAGCAUGCCCAGCACUUGCAGCGGGCCCACGAGUUCCGGCUGCAAUGCACCCGGGAUCCUAUCUCCAAUUUGUGCCUCGAGUUCCCCAACAACUCGGAGUAUGUGGUGAAUCUGGUGCGCAGCAUGUACACCAUGCGAAUUCUGCCGCCGGCCAGUCGGAGCAAUCAGGCGGACUUCGAAGCGGGUGCACCCAAUGCAGGAGCUGGAGGAGCAGGAGCAGCCCACUCGCCGCAACCAUCGAACCACAGCGAGAUCUCCACCACCACCUCCAACUCGGACUCGGGCAUUGGCUUCAACAACGACUGCACGAAUAUUUCGGAUCGCAUUUUGGUGGUGGAUUUCCUGGGCGCCGGAGCUGGAGCUGCUCUUGCCGGGCCACCGACUCACCAGGCUCCAGCGCGUCCCCUGGGCAUUGUGGGCAUCCCCGACAACCGACUGACUGUGCGGGCCAUGCCCGAUCAUUCCGCCCUGCUGAAGUCGCCGCCUGAGAACUCUUUGCUGCGACGACCCAAUCUCCUGGCCAGCUUCAACCUGAUCAAAAGCCCUGCCACGAAUCUCACGUCGACCCGCUCCUGCGACGAUGUCCUGAACCUCUUUGCGGACGAUUCGCCGCGGGCUCUGGCAGGAGUGGCCUCCAUGGACGACAUCUCGCUGCACUCGGCCGCUCCGUCUUUGGAUGAUGGCCACCCCUUCGUCCACCCAUCGUGUGUGCCGCGCAAAUUGCGCAGAUCUCUGGUCCUGGAGCCGUCAACAACGCCCCACAAACUGAGCGCGCAGGUGUUUGGUCAGCCCGGCUCGCGACACUCGCUGGGAUUCGAGGCUAUCGACAGCAUCCAGUCGUCGGUCGGAGGCGCAUGCAUCGACCAGCCCAUGGACACGUGGGCCAGCCUGCAGAAUCUACACAAAUCACACAAGGAUCGGACCAGCCUGUCGGCCUCGUCCUCCUCGCACUGCCUUUUAGAAGCUACAAACAGCGAACCUGAUCUCGGGAACCGCGCUCUGCCCGCCAAUGCCUCGCCCUUCCGCCGAGCCUGGGGACAGUCUUCCUUCCGCACGCCCAGCUCCGACAAGGUGGCCAAACAGCAGCAGCAGCAUCUGCAGCAGCACCAGCAGGGCCAGUCGUCGCCAGUGAGACGCACCGCCUCCAUGAACGCCUCCGACAACGACAUGUACAUCAAGACGCUGAUGCUGGACGCGGACCUGAAGGCGACGCGCAGCCAGCAGCAGCUGAGCCUGCUGCAGGUGCCCCGCAUCCUGACCACGCCCGCCCCGCCCUCCGCCAUCACGGUGUCCGCUGCAACGGAGGACGCAGCCGGCCAGGAGGGCUGCCACGGCUGCCCCAGCAACUGGGGCGGCUCCUUCGAGCGGAUGCUGCAGGACGCCGCCGGCAUGCAGACCUUCUCCGAGUUCCUCAAGAAGGAGUUCUCCGCGGAGAACAUCUACUUCUGGACCGCCUGCGAGCGGUACCGCCUGCUCGAGUCGGAGGCGGAGCGCGUGGUUCAGGCGCGCGAGAUCUUCGGCAAGCACCUGGCCAACAACAGCAGCGACCCCGUCAACGUGGACUCGCAGGCGCGCAGCCUCACGGAGGAGAAGCUGGCCAGCGCCGCGCCGGACAUCUUUGCGCCGGCCCAGAAGCAGAUCUUCAACCUGAUGAAGUUCGACAGCUACCAGCGGUUCAUCCGCUCGGACCUGUACAAGAGCUGCGUGGAGGCCGAGCAGAAGAACCAGCCGCUUCCCUACAGCGGACUGGACCUGGACGAGCUGCUCAAGACGAAUUUUCACGUGGCCGCCUCCUCAAAGCUCAAGAAGUCGGCUAGCAAUGCGGAGGACCGGCGGCGCAAGAGCCUGCUCCCCUGGCACCGGAAGACGCGGAGCAAGUCCCGCGACCGCACCGAGAUCAUGGCCGACCUGCAGAACUCGAACCUGAUGCCGGCGCCCCCGUUGCCGCCCCCCGCCCUGCUCACCAGCGCCUCGCUGAAGCUCGUCUCCGGCCAGAACUCGCUGAGCGACCUGCACAGCUCCCGCUCCUCGCUGUCCUCCUUCGACGCGGGCACCGGCGCCUCCGGCGGGCAGGGAGCGAGUGCGGAGAGCGUGUGCUCGCUGUGCCGCGUGAUCCUCACCGACGGGGCCACCACGAUUGUGCAGACGCGACCGGGCGAGACGGUGGGCGGGCUGGUGGAGCGGCUGCUGGAGAAGCGCAACCUGGUGUACCCCUACUACGACAUCGUGUUCCAGGGCAGCAGCAAGUCCAUCGACGUGCAGCUGCCGUCGCAGAUCCUGGCCGGCAAGGAGGUGCUGAUCGAGCGGCGCGUGGCCUUCAAGCUGGACCUGCCCGACCCCAAGGUGAUCUCGGUGAAGAGCAAGCCGAAGAAGCAGCUGCACGAGGUGAUCCGGCCCAUCCUCAGCAAGUACAACUACCGGAUGGAGCAGGUGCAGGUGGUCAUGCGGGACACGCAGCUGCCGCUGGACCUCAACCAGCCGGUGAACGCGGCCGACGGCCAGCGGCUGCGCAUCGUGCUCCUCAACUCGGAUUUUCAGCAGGGCGGCGGCAGUAGCAUGCCGCCGAAGCAAAGCAAACCGAUGAAGCCGCUGCCAUCCACGCUGCCUCUGCAGCAGGGCCAGCUGGACGAGCUGACGAACAAGGUGUUCAACGAGCUGCUGGCCAGCAAGGCGGACGCGGUGGCCGGCGAGAAGCCGCGGCCCAGCGACCUCUGCUCCAUGAAGUCCAACGAGGCGCCGUCGGAGACCUCCUCCUCGCUGUUCGAGCGCAUGCGGCGCCAGCCACGCGACGGCGGCAACAUUCCGGGCAGCAAGCUGCCCAAGCUCAAGAAGAAGUCCACCAGCAGUCAGCAGUCCGAGGAGGUGACCCCGACACCAGCGGACCCCAAGAAGCCGAUCAUAGCCAAACUGAAGGCGGGCGUGAAGCUGCAGGUGACGGAGCGAGUAGCCGAGCACCAAGAUGAACUACUCGAGGGCCUGAAGCGGGCGCAGCUGGCGCGGCUGGAGGAUCAGCGUGGCACCGAGAUCAACUUCGAUCUGCCCGAUUUCCUGAAGAACAAGGAGAAUCUCAGCGCGGCCGUUUCCAAGCUGCGGAAGGUGCGCGCCAACCUGAGUCCUGUGAGCAAAGCACCCUCUUCGCCCACGGAGAUCCCUCAGCCGGCACCCCGGCUGUCCAUCACUCGCAGCCAGCAGCAGCAGCAACAACAACAGCCGGUGUCGCCCAUGAAGGUGGACCAGGAGCAAGAGACUGACCCGUCUGCCCAGACACAGGAGCAAGCAGAGUUCGCCAAGGCGCCACCUCCGCUGCCGCCCAAGCCGAAGGUGCUGCCGAUCAAGCCCUCCAACUGGGGCGUGGCCGUGGCCCAGCCCACGGGGAACUACUGCAACAAGUUCUCCCCCGGCAAGCAGCUGCCGACGCCAUCAUCCAAAGAAGUUUCCAAGCCAGCGGCGUUCGCGAGCAAAAUUCCCCUGGAAGUGGGACGCAAGUCCCUCGAAGAGCCGGGAUCGCGGUGUGCCUACCUCGACGAACCCAGCAGCAGCUUCGUGUGAUACGGGGAUGCGGGGCCGCCAACGCAAUUAAAUUGGCUUAACUGAUCUUGCUUGUAUAUAUCUGUGCACUAUUUAUUGAUACUGUAUGUCGGACUCCCUGUCGAGUGUCCAUCCAAUCCAUGACGAACUCUUGUAUGUAAUCAACUGAGUGAACACCUGUAUUUAUAACUAUUAAUUAUAGGCUCUAGCUUUAACACAUUUUGUGUAAAUAUAUUACAAGUAAUAACUCAAAAGCGUA